UGUUUGUGUAAUUUUAUUUUUUGAAAAUAGUGUAUUAAAAUCACACAAUGUAUCGAAAUCCUGGUUUGCAAGAGUUUCAAGUUGAAACAAAACCGUCUAAAAAUGCUACGAGAUGGAAAUGGACCAAUGCCUGUUAUGACGAAAACACGGGAGCAAUUUUCGGGCGAACACCUGAAAGAUGGGGAAAACUCUUUAUGUUCUACAUAAUAUUCUACUCAGCCCUGAUAGCUCUGUUUGCUAUAUGCAUGGUGACAUUCCUGCAACAUUACAUCAACCCUCGUGUGCCCAGACUGCAGCAGGAGUACAGUCAAAUAGGCACGAGCCCAGGAUUGGGAUUCAGACCCCUACCACCUGAUGUUCGGAGCACCCUCAUCUGGUACAAGGGUACAGGGUACGACAGUUACAAGUAUUGGGAGGACCAGCUCAUUGAUUUUUUGUCAGUGUACAAAAAGAAGGGUCAAACAGCUGGCGCCGGCCAGAACAUCUUCGAUUGCGACUUCGACAAGCUACCGCCGCCUGGCAAGGUGUGCGACCUGGACGUCGGCUCGUGGGCGCCCUGCAUACAGGAGAAUCAUUUCUCCUACCACAAGUCCUCACCCUGUAUAUUUCUCAAAGUUAACAAAAUAUAUGGUUGGCGGCCAGAGUAUUACAACGACACCCAGAACUUACCAGCUGAGAUGCCUCUGGACCUGCAAUGGCAUAUCAAGAAUACGACCAACCCUCUCUACAGGAACUAUGUGUGGGUAUCAUGCUAUGGCGAGACGCCGGCCGACAAGGAGAACAUAGGACCAAUAAAGUAUCUGCCCAACCCCGGAUUCCCCGGGUACUUCUACCCGUAUCAGAACGCCGAGGGCUAUUUGAGUCCAUUAGUUGCUAUACAUUUGAUGAAACCCAUGACUGGUAUAGUGAUCAACAUAGAGUGCCGCGCGUGGGCGAGGAACAUCAAGUACGACAGGCGGGAACGGUUAGGUGUCGUCCAUUUUGAAAUUAUGAUUGAGUAGAAGCAAUAAUGAAGCCAAAGUGUGCCUGUAAUGUAAUAUGAAUCCUAACUCAGUGAAGAAUUAAAUGUGUUGUCAUCUAGAAGCAUAUUGAGGUAAUAUAGUAAAAAUACAGUAUACGUAGUAAUAAAGUACAGUAUGGGUACUGCCUGCCGUCCGCUGCGAUCUCUCCUCGCCGUCUGUCAAACAUUCGACAGCGUCCAACUUUAUUAACUACACACGCACACACUGUCACUUGUAAAGACGUUACUUGUGUCUGUAGUUGUGACAAGCAUGGACGUUUUUGUACGAAAUGUCCGGGGUGUGGAAAACUCGGCAAACAUGUAUCUUUUGGUCCAUGUUUUGUAGACACAUUAGAUUGAAAAUAUUUGAACACGGAAUUCUGUAUUUGUGGACAGAUUCCGCUACAAAUAGGAUUUUGCUCUGCGAACUCAAAUGGCGCUUUUAAGUAUAAGAAAAGCAAUAGGCGACCAAUGGUGGAGCAAAUCUUAGUGAUAUUACCACCUCAUUACCUUUCCUCAAAAUGAAAUGAAACAGCUAACAGUAAAGUCUGUUGGCGUGUUACUGUUGGCUAUUUAAAUAUGUUUGUCCUUGCCAGUUUCCCACAGACUAGAUUUUAUUUAUUUAUUUAUUUAAAAUUUACUCACCACACUUACAGUUUCCCAAAACGUGUAGUGAGCCAUAGUUUUAUUUUACAAACUUACAAAUUUUGUACAACAUUUUAAAAAUAUAUCUAUUUUGUCAUUAAAUAUGUCAAUAUCUGGCUGCUGAGCAAUCAGAGAAUUGAGCAGAGAAAUAGCCUGAUAAGUGGGAGCGAACUGAGCAGUACAGGUGCGAGCCGGCGGCGCCGAUAGUAGUCGACACGCGCGCAGUCGCAUGCAGCGUUGGGGUGCGUACAGAGAACAACGGCUGAGAGUUGCAGGAUUGUCUAUUCCGCCGUUGAGCAACCGAUAAUAGUGCAUCGUCAAAUUGCACUUCCGCCUUACCUCGAGCGUUUCUAGACCCACCAUACCGGAUACGAACAGUGAUUCUUUGCAUAGAGUAAGAAUUCAUGUUACAUUAAUUUUUUUUUUUUAGCAGGUAAUUUGUAUUAUUUGCUUAUUUGAAAAUUAUGAGCGGAUAUUGCGUAUUCGCAAAUCCUUUUUACUAAACGAAGCCUUUUUACUAACAUACCGUACCUAGAGCAAUAAUAUCAAAGAAACAAAACACAAUACAAACUUAUAAACUCAUUAUUUAUUUGUAAAUGUCACGGAUUAUACGCGGCUUAUUUUGGAAUGGUAUAUUAGGUUAAAAUUAUUGUAAACUUUUAUUUUUUGUUACUUAAAUAGAUCGAUUUUGGUGCUCUAGUGAUUCGUUACACCAAUUUACCUUCCGAUUGUUAUGAGUUCAAUCCCAAUACAAUGAUCAGGGGGGAAAGGGAAAUUUUUAAUUGUUAAGUCAAUGCAUCUGAAUAACAAUGGUUAAUUAUAAAUAGUAUAAUUAUUUUUAAUAUUUAGUUUUAAUGUGUACAGUCAGCUUUAUAAAUAUGCUAAUAUGUAAUUUUAUCGUCAUACCACGGUACUGCUCAUGUCUAUAGGCGACGGUUACCACUUUCCAUCAGGUGGGCCGUCAGCUUUUUUUUAUAUACAACUUAGAAUGACAAACAAACUGACGGCCCACCUGAUGGAAAGUGGUAACCGUCGCCUAUAGACAUGAGCAGUGCCAUGGACAUAACAGAGUAUACUGUUUCGCCCAUGAUUCCUGCCAUGCGUUGCCAUUACUGAGGACUCAGAUGUUAUUCCUCUGUACUUUUAGUUGCUUCUGAUGACAUCCAUGGGGUAGGAAGGAAUAGCCCAUUAUAUUCCAGGAGGAUUACACGGCGAAAUAUGUAGUUAUAUAUAUAUCAUAAUAUAUUUAUUGUGUGGCAGCUGAGAGGGUAAUUUAAACACAAAUGUAAUAUUUUAUUAAAACUAACUAGCAAUGAGUAAAAAAUUUGUAAACCCUAUGAUGGUGAAACAUAGCACACUACAUUUCUACAACAUCAAAUUUAUAACUAUAUCUAUAUAUGUUUAUGCAAAUAGAAGAUUGAUUGCUUGAAAAUACUCAAGAGGUAUAAAUUUAAUAAUUCUAAUUUUAAAAUUAUGUCUUUACGGUUCGUAGUUUUUUUUUCUUCUUUUGACUUCGGCUUUUUAGGGUAGCAAUUAGCCAUUUUCAAGUUUAAUUCAAAACCAGGGAAAUCGAGGUGGAACAAAACAGGAUAUAUUCCUGUUUUGUUCCACUUCGAUUUCCCAGAAAAUUUAGGUAUAGGAUUACAGGAUCAGGAGAGUCGAAAGAGAACAGGUAAGGUAUCGUAUAAUAAUAAAUUAAUAUAGUAAAUGAAUACACAUUUACAUAUAAAGCAGUCCGCAGUUAUGACAGAGAAUUAUAAAGGAUUUUGUAUUUAGAAGAGAGUCUAUAGCAGGAUAGGUUUCUAAGAACAAGGAAUUACAUAGUAGGAAUGGUAAAAAUAAAAACUGUAAAUCAUAUGGUUGCCUCCUUUAUUCUUAUGCAAAUAUAAUUAGUAAAAAGAGGACGAGAGAUACACCAUCAGUUGCUGUUUUUCUUAAUUCAUACUAGACUAGUGUAUAGAAAAUGUUUGAUAUAUCAAUUAUUUGUCAAUGACAAAUGUUACAUUACUAUAUUAUAUAUUCGACACAGUUUAUGUAGAAAGUAUGCAAGCAGGUUGUAUCUGAAUUUGGUAGGGUUAUACGGCCGUAUGACAUUUUCCAUGAUUUACAUUUUUUAUUUUAUCGUUCCUUCUAUGUAAUUCUUUAUAGAUUAUCCUAAUAGGAUGUUCAACAAUAGACAAUUGUUCUUUAUUCAAUUUUGUUAAUAUUUAUAAAGCUGACUUGCAUUAUUUGCGUAUUAAUAAUUUUUAAUUUUCCACCGUUUUUAUAAGUUUUAAGAGGUAGCCUAUAUCUUUUUCAUGUGUAGUGUACUUAUAAUAAUUAUAAAGUAGAUAAAUCUUUUUUUUAAUCGUAACAUAACACUGCAUUUUAGUGUUAAUUUAUGUAUUUUAUAAUGAGCAAUAAGUACCUAUAAGAUUACGGUUAUUGUGUAAGUACUUCUUCCGAGCCAUAGAUAUAAGACUUUGAUACAAUUUUUUUUUUAUUGUCUAUGAUUAUUUAGAAUGAAAGUAAACUUUUUUACAGCACAGAAAAAAGAAUUUAAUACAUUUAUAUUUAUUGUAUUUAUUUUUAUUUGCAAUGUAAUAUUAUUUUAAAAUAUUAUUAGUAGCUGACAUAACAGAUGUUCUGUAAAAAAAAAAGAAAAUAUUGCAACUAGGAACAGUUUAUGGAAAAAGAAAAAUGGACUUUUACAUUUUCCGGACAAUUUUUCCAGUUUUUUCUUUUCAUAAAUUUUUUUAUAAUGAAUUUUUAUAGCUGUUUGUUUUUUCUUUAAUGAAAAAUAAAAUAAAAACCAUCCUGGGAUUUUAACAAAUGUUUGAAAAAAAGUCACUGAAUUGGUUCCGCUGUUAUCAAGUUCGCGGUUAGUAACGCAAUUUGCGAUUAAUUUUUAUUAUCUAUAUAAGAUAGAACAAAACAAACGGUUUUUAACAUAUUCAAUGCAAUGUUGUAUAUCAACUUAUUUUAAAUAUGGCAACUAUGUUUUAAUAUUUAUGCUACGAGAUUCCCAUGAUUUAAAUGAAAUUGAUCAAUUGAAGCUCUCUUGUCCUUUAUUUAUUUUUGUUUUAAUUUUUUUUUAAUAAAAAAGUGGUAUUUUUUUCUAUCAAUACUGGCAUUUGUAUUAAACAUAGAUUUUAUUUUUUAUAUUCAGGGCUGUAGAUAUAAUAAAAAAAAAAUGAGAAAUCACAGUCAAAAAUGGCUUUGGCCCUCUGUUAGUCUUUUCUAUAUGUCUUAAAAAUUAUUAUUAUAUAUUAAUCACAGAUAAUUAUAUAGAUAUAUGUAUGUAACAUAUCAUUUCUUGCAUAGAUAUUAAGUACUUACAUCCGUCCAUACAAUUGGCGUAUAUUAAUAGUACUGCAGCGGCCAGCGACUGAGGCAUUGAUGGACGAACGUGCAAUUGUGGGCCGAGACGUAGCCGAGGCACACAUACGUGAGUCCACCAAUGCCUAGUUGUGGCCAAGGCUUGUAUAGUACUUUUCUCAAACAAUGCGCGGAAAUCAAAAACACAAUAUUAUUUUUUAAGUUCAAUGACGAACAAUAAUAAUUUUUCAUUCGCGCUAAUAUUUUCUUUUUUUUUUUUUUCAAUAAACAGCUUUCUAUUUGCAAGCCAGUUCGAAAUUUAAAUAAAACCUUGUAUUAGUUACCUCCUUGGUAGGCAUGUUUCGAAGUAAAAGGUCAUUCCAUUUUUAAAUUACAGGACAGAUAUGAGUUUACAUAGUAAUUUAUUUGGCCUCAAAACACGACAGAUAUGGAUUUUCAUACAGCUUUUGCCGGCCGCUGCCCGCAUGUAUCUGGCCAGUACGGAAAUUUUGAUUUAUCUCAAAGAAGAUUGUAAAAAUAAUGCUCACAUUUCCAAGCAUGUUUGAGAAAAAGUUAUUUUAAAAAUGUAUUUGCUUGCAUCUUGAGGUGGGCACUAGACGAUUCUGAGGUGGGCACGGCCCACCCGGCCCCACCACUAAAUACGCCGAUGGUCUAUACAGACGCAAUACAGGUUAAGCAAUUACGUCCUGCACCGAAUCUCAGUAUCAUAACUCUAAGACUGACUUUACUUAUCCAUUAAAAUAUAUUUUAUUCAUAUACCUACUAUAUUUUUAUACAAAUAUGUAUUGAUAAAAUUGCUUACAUUGACCGUAGUAUUUAAAUAUCUUAGAUUAUAUAGAUAGAGCAUCGAGCCUCAAAAACGAUCCCACUUUUUGUCAGCUAAUUGUCAAAUUAGAUGACCUUUUUUAUUAGUAUCCAAUAUACUUACGCAUAAAAUGUAUUUUGACAUAUUAUUUAAUAAAUAAAAUGAGUGUUUAAGCAUUAAAAAGGUGCAGAAUAUAUGAGACAAAAUAAAUAUAGAAGUCAUAAAGGAAUCACUCAUAACUAUUUAUCACGCAAAAUUGUAUGAAGAGGUUGGCACGUUUUUCUCGAAGUAUUUCUAUGGAUACACUCUAUCUAUUAAAUCUAAGGUAAAUAUAUAAUAACAUUACUUCAUAUAAAACAAAUUCUUAAUUAAAAAUCAAGAAUAUUAUUGCAUUUAUUUUCCAGUGACCAGUAUAUAUAUUUUUUUUAUAGCACUGCCAUUAGCAAUUGGUGUUGCUAUUUGUAAAUUGUAGCUAGUGAUCCAAAACUAGUUACAAUUAAAAAAGUAAACUAGUGUAAAUUAGUAGAGUAGUAUCUUUGGCAACUAUAGAUUUUUUUAUACAAUUUAGAAUGGUAAACAAGCUGACGGCUCACCUGAUGGAAAGUGGUAACCGUCGCCUAUAGACAUGAGCAGUAGCAUGGACAUAACAGAGUAUACUGUUUCGCUCAUGAUACCUCCCAUGCGUUGCCAUUCCUGAGGACUCAAGUGUUAUUCCUCUGUACCCAAUAAAUUCACGCCUAUAGAUAGUUGUAAGUGCCUUUGAUUAUAUAAUGAAGUAAUGAAUCAAUACUAUGAGUAUAUAUUUUAAGAGACCAUAUAUUAUUAUCUAGAUGGAGCGUUCAGUAUCAAAAGACGUCUUAAAAAUAAGCGGUUAACUGUCUACUUGAUUUUAUUUAAAACAAAAGUUUGAGAUUUUUUGGUGUUGCCAGUAUAUAAUAAUUAUAAUGUUUCUGGUAUAUUUUUUCAUGCACGCACUGAUAUAUCUCGUAUGUCAAUAAGGAUGAAAUUUAUUAUAUAAAUUCACUAAUACUAGAAAUAAAAAUGAUGGACAGUUUUUAUCGAAGUAUUUGUUUUGUAGGGAGACUCCAUCUAGAUAAUAUUAAUUUGCGACUUUUUUUCAGAGAAAAGAUAUUCGCUCAGAAACAAUGUACCACUCGAUUGUCCGUCCAACAAUUUUUUAUUUUAUUAUAAUAAUAUUAUUGCCGUCCAAGAGUAAUUUCUGUAUUCCGUAUUUAUAAUUUAAAUAGUGUUAAUGUGUACCAGUGUAUAAGUUAAUAUUUUGGCGCCAAUUGUGAUGUAUCAUUUAAAAAUUCAAAAAAGGCAAAUAAAUACAUAGAUACAAUACAUCUAGAGAAAAGUGAAACAAUUACAGAGAAAAGAAAUUGAAAUAUAUACGUAAAAUUAAUUUUAUUCAUAAUUUUACUGUUUAAACCAUGUACGUAUGUCUAGAUUGAGCAUUUCGUGACUAGAAAAACGUACCAACAACGUUCAACUAACUGUUGGGAGUCUUAUAAUUUUUAAUUUAAUAUCCCCGUUUAAACACACUCGAUGAACAGUGUCAUUGUUGACUGCAUUGAUUUUUUUUAACGUUGUACAGUUCGAAAACUAAUUAAAAUUAACCGAACACUGACAACACACAUAGAAAUAUUAUGUUGUUACCACGUCGUCAAAUAAUCAUCUCCAAUUUUAAUUUUUGGUGUGUUUGAAAUGAAUAUUCUUUUAUUAUAAUAUUUUAUGGUCUAUGUAACAAAAUUUAUUUACACAAGAAUAUGUUGGGCGUUUUUGGCGAAGCGUUUAUAGAGAGCAGCUCUAUCUAAAUGUAAUUGAUCUGUGUGAUACAUCAUAACAAGCGUCGAUAUUGUGCCUUUUAUGUGUUUUCUAUGCAAUAAAAUUAAGAUAUAUA